AUGGAUAAGUCUUGGAUUACAAAGCCACGAAAUACACAUGAAUUUCAGGAAGGGGUGCAAGGAUUUUUGGAAUUUGCCUUUGCCCAUCGGUCUGUUGAAGGCAAAAUCAAAUGUCCUUGUCCUGAUUGUGUUUUUAGAAAUUGGGAGACCAGAGCAGUGGUGUAUGAUCAUUUGAUUUGUAGAGGGUUUCCAACCACAUACACUAUUUGGUUUUGGCACGGGGAGUCAACUACAGGGGAAACUUCUAAUAGCACACCUUCAAUACAAAAUCCCUUAUACAGUCAUGAUCCAAUACACAAUAUGAUCAACGAUGCUUUUGGGAUAUCUAGGGACCAUGUGAAUGUAGAAGCUUGCACAUCGCAUCAACCAGUACAUGAAGGUGAAGAAAGGAUGCCAGAAUUGAAUCAAGGACCUAAUGAGGAAACUAAGGCAUUUUACGAUCUAAUUAGGGAUGGAAAUCAAGAAUUGUAUGAAGGAUGUACAAAGUACUCGAAAUUAUCAUUCCUAGUAAAACUAUAUCACAUCAAGUGCUUGUGCGGAUUGAGUAACAAAGCAAUGUCUAUGAUUUUAGAAUUGUUAAAAGAUGCCUUCGAACAUGCAGAGAUUCCUGAUUCUUUUUAUGAGGAGAAGAAAUUAAUUACCAAGCUUGGUCUUAAUUACAGUCAAAUACAUGCAUGUCCAAAUGACUGUAUGUUGUAUUGUGGAGAAGAUGAAAGUAGGGAGACAUGCAAAGUAUGUAACACGUCAAGAUGGAAACAAAGUAGGAAAGGUAACCCGACGAACAUGUCUGAUGGGGGCAAGAAAAGAAAAAACAAACCUGUCAAAGUUUUACGAUACUUUCCACUUAAACCAUGUUUGCAAAGGUUAUUUAUGUCUUCUAAAACUGCUGAACAUAUGAGGUGGCAUUCUGUGGAUGACUUGAAGGAUUUGUGGGAUGGUGGUGUGGAAACAUUUGACGCUUCACUCAAUGAAAUGUUUAAUAUGCGCAUUGCAUUGACGUGGACAAUUAGCGAUUUUCCUAGACUUGGUAAUUUAUUUGGGUGGAACACACACACUGGUUCAGCUUGUCCAACUUGCAAUUUUGACUAUGUUGCCCAUCAUCUACCUCAUAGUAGAAAGUGGAGUUUUAUGGGUCAUCACCGAUUUUUAGAGCCAAAUCACAGAUUCAGGUUUGACCAUGUUCACUUUGAUGGUAAUACAGAGUUUAGGAAUCCACUAGUGGCACUAUCAGGUUCAGAGAUAUUCAAGCAGUCGGAAAAUGUUCAUGUUACAUUUGGGAAAGGGAUAGAGGUUGAAGAUAACAGAAAAAGAACUCGCCGAAAAAAUAUUAUAGAAAGUGGUUGUCAACAAUGGAGAAAGAAAAGUAUAUUUUUCCAACUUCCUUAUUGGGAGUACAACUUGUUGCGCCAUAACCUUGAUGUUAUGCACAUUAAGAAGAAUGUGUGUGAUAAUGUCUUGUACACCAUUCUCAAUGAAAGUGGAAAAACAAAAGAUAAUCUCAAUGCUCGAAAAGACUUGAAAGAGAUGGGCAUAAGAAGUGAUCUUUGGCCAAAUGAAAAUGGAUAG